AUGGCCAAAGACGAUAAACGAAAACGCUGCGAGGAGGUGAAUAAAGAUAUGAUUAGUGGCUUGCCUAAUGUGAUAAUUGGUCAUAUACUCUCGUUUCUUCCUACUAAAGAUGCUCUGUGUACCUGCAUUUUGUCCAAAAGUUGGAGAGAACUCUGGAGAUCACUUUCCAAUUUUGAUUUUGAUGAUCGCACAUGGAAAAGUAGGAUCAUCUUUGGGAAUUUCAUGGAUAGGUUCUUUUAUGUUCAUAACUCGCGUGAAAACUCCAUUACAAAAUUUCGUCUCCGCGUACAUGGAAACUAUCCUUCUUCCCGUUUAAGUCAAUGGAUUGAUGCAGCGAUUAAGGACAAUGUUGAGGAGCUUAUACUUUGGAUACCUCUACUUACUCAUGUUCCGUUGCCUCGGAGAGUUUUUAGUUGUGAGAAAUUAGUGGUUUUGAACCUUAGAUAUGGAAUUGAUAUUGAUCUUCUUGGUGUUGGUGUGCGCUUUUCAUGUCUCAAGGUCCUUCAUCUUGAAGGCCUCCCGAUUCUUGACGAUCUUGCUUCCAUAGAGAAACUAUUAGCAGGUUCCCCAGUCCUUGAAGAACUGAAAAUCGAACAUGAAUAUUGUCGAUCCAGGAACGCUUUACGUGUAUGCUCAAGCUCACUGAAACGCUUGACCAUAAGAUUCACGCGUAUUCGUUAUUACAGGAAGGAUCCUGGUUGCAGAGCACUCACUCUUGAUACCCCAAACCUAGAGCUUCUUAUACUAACUGAUUUCGUGUCCGAGGAGUUAAACAUGCAGCAACUUCCGUGCUCACUAGUCGAGGCAUCCAUCAGUGUUGCUUUUACACAUUUCUUCAUCAUACAACUAGAUACUUAUAUUGACAUGGCGGUUCAGUUCUUGAGACUGAUCAUGCCUAUUGUCAGGAUCUUACGCUUGUGUGGGACUACUAUGAGGGUAAGUUUCUUCCUCAUUUUACUGUUGUGCUUAAAUUGUCAGCGGUCUGAUGACGCACCCCCUCACAUGUUUACCCCUAUACAGAUUUUAUCAAACGCGGUUCGUAAGAAGUUGCCUCGAUUCGAAGAUCUGCCUAAUUUUCAGAACUUGACUCGUUUGGAGAUUGAAGCUAGUGGAGAUUGUCGUUGGAUGGUUUUGCAUGAGAUACUCAAAUGCUCUGUUAAGCUGGAAGUCUUCAUCUUAUACAAGGACGACACUUCGGUAAUUCCCAAAUGGCGAAAUCCUGAAUUCGCGCCACGGUGCAUGAGGUCAAGCCUUAAAGUGAUUGAGUGUGUAGAUUUUGAAGGGGAUUUCGCGGAGAUAGAAAUGGCGGAAUAUUUCAUAAAGAACGCACUGGUCUUGGAGAAGAUGGCUAUCAGAUUUGGAUGGGGCAUGACUCGUAAUUCAAAAGAACGUGUUGCCAAGAGGCUGUCAGGGUGUCAAAUAGGCUCCGAAGCAUGUCGAAUUACAUUUUCAUCACCUUGA